AUGUCAGGACGCAGACCGUCUGAUGAGUUCCGCGAGGAGCAUGCUAAUUUCUGGACCCUCAUGCAGCAGAUCAUCCAUGGUCUUCGGAACAACUACCCAGCAAACCAAGACGAGAUCAUUGGCCGAAUGGGCCAGGUCAAUCUCCAGCUCUCGACCCUUCGACGAGCGGGAGAAACGAUGGGUUUGAGUUAUCCACCCAGCGACAUCGUCCGCGAUGCUCCACCUCAGUACUUCACUGCCCGCGCUCAACGCCAUCAGAACUACUACGGCACCGAGUUCGGGUACUCCUGCUGGUAUACGCAAGCCCAGCUGGGCUACGCCAUUGCAGACCUUCUCCACCAGAGAGACCACACCCGCGUAGCCGACCAGUUGGAAAUGUUGCUAACGAGUUGGCAAUUGACCGAGAUGAGAGUCUUCCCCCGCCAGCUCCCUACGGUCAAUCCCGUCCAGCAGCCCGCCAAUAUCGUACAUAUUGAUGGCCCGCCAUUCUAUACACCAGGCGGAGCUGAACCACGCACCAAGGCAGCAAGAACUGCUGGGCCAGUCCGCACCCACCCACGUGUCAAUAUUACUCUGCCCGCUCCAACCGAUACUAUUUACGGUGUGGCACGGCAAACACGCCAUCGCGCUGCACCAUACCCUGAACGGGGUGUUCGCCCGAGACGUCGUGGGAAUGCUAGACUAACACCGCGGGUGCCUAAUAUGGCCCUUCCACUCCCUAAUAUCAUGAACAAUGGCGAUGCUGCCCAUCUUCUGGCGCCGGUUCUUCCAGGUGUUCAGUCCCUUUUCACCCCACACACCCUCCCCGGUGGACGUGUUCUUCCCGGUAUACCGAUUGCGUCUGGGCCACCCCCACGUGGUACGCAAGUCCCGUCUAAUGUCCCAGCCCCUAACACUGGUGAUGCUGUAUCUGUUUUGAAUGCCAAUUUCGGGAACGUUCUGAAUAGAAACCAGUCCCGUCAGGACCCCGGCGCUCGCCAUCCAGAUCCUCAGAGUCCACAGAAUAUCAGGCAACCGAAACAGCAUAAGGAACCCAGUAUUAGACCCAGAUAA